AAAGUGUCAGCUGUUAAUUUGAGUAAAACUAGUUGUCAAAAUAAAAUAACAUUUAAUUAAGAGCUAUUGUUAAUUGUGCCAAACAGUAUGGUUUUCUAUUUUAAAAGCACUGUGGUGCAGCCGACGGCAAUGCUGUACAUGGGCCGCGACAAGCACGAGAACGAGGAGCUAAUCCGCUGGGGCUGGCCGGAAGAUGUUUGGUUCCAUGUGCACAAUUUGUCAUCGGCUCACGUUUAUUUGCGCCUACGCAAAGGACAAACUAUCGAUGAUAUACCCACCGAUGUGCUGGUGGAUGCCGCACAGCUCUGCAAGGCGAACAGCAUACAGGGAAAUAAGGUCAACAAUUUGGAAGUGGUCUACACCAUGUGGGAGAAUCUGAAGAAGACACCGGACAUGGAACCCGGCCAGGUGGCCUAUCAUGAUGAGAAGGCAGUGCGCAAAAUACGCCUGGAGAAGCGCAUCAAUGAGAUUAUCAAUCGUUUGAAUAAGACCAAAACGGAGGAGGAGCAUCCCGAUUUUCGUGGCAUGCGUGAGACACGCGAUGCGGCCGAUCGUCAGGAUCAGAAACGUUUGCAACGCGAGAAUCGCGAGAAGGAAAAGGAGGCGGCAAAACAGCGCGAAUUGGAGGCGGAGCUGCGCAGUUAUGCGUCGCUGCAGAAAUCGGAGAACAUGCGCACCAACUACGAUGCCGGCAACGAAUCUGAUGACUUUAUGUAGUAAUUGCAUUCCUUGCAAUUUAUUACUAGCUACUUAAUAUAAUCAUAUCUAUAAACAACUUCUUUUUUUUUUAAAUUAAAGCAUGUAAACAAA